AUGAGACUCAUCAACACAUCGUCUGGAGAGCUCCAAGAAUUCUUUGGGUCCAGCAUCCCAUCUUAUGCUAUUCUUAGCCAUACUUGGGGGGAUGAUGAGGUGUUGUAUGCCGAUAUCCUCAAUGGGUCCGCCCCAUCCAAGAAGGGGUAUGGCAAGGUGAGCGACUUUUGCCAGAUGGCAAAGCGUGUCGGCAAUCUUGACUGGGCCUGGGUCGACACCUGCUGUAUCAACAAGGAAAGCAGCGCCGAGCUCUCUGAGGCUAUCAAUUCCAUGUACAAAUGGUACAAACAGUCUGCCGUCUGCUAUGUCUACCUACAAGACGUUCUAGUCACAGGCGAGCAGAUCAACCAGCAUAUUCCACCAAUAUGGACAACGGCCUAUCCGGCAAACCGCCUCGUUACUGCCAACUUUCCCCAAAGCCGCUGGUUCACGAGAGGAUGGACGUUACAGGAACUGAUUGCGCCGCCAUAUGUCGAGUUCUAUGCCGCAGAUUGGACUGAGAUUGGCACAAAAAGAAGCCUCGCGCCUUACAUAUCUGACAUUACAGGCAUCCCAAUUCCGAUCCUUCACGGCCAAAGCCCCCAGAGCUGCAACGUGGCUGAAAGGUUAUCUUGGGCCUCCAGAAGAAGCACUACCAGAGAGGAAGACAUGGCCUACUGCUUACUAGGCUUGUUUAAUGUCAACAUGCCGCUUCUCUAUGGAGAGGGAGUAAGGUCCUUCAUCAGACUCCAAGAGCAAAUUUUGCAGCAAGAAGAAGAUUAUAGCAUUUUCACUUGGACACUUGAGGCCCAUUUGGGGGAGUGUCUUUGGGGAGUUCUGGCUUCCUCACCCCUGCAGUUCGCAACCUCAUCUCAAUUGGCUAUCCACCCACCCUCCUUUCUCGACAAGUUCAACGAUGACUGGGCUAGAAAGAGCAUCGCCUAUAAAGCACUCGAAUCAAUGCCUCAGGAUUUGGCUGAGGAUGGUCAGGAUGAGGUUUCCUUGCUCCCGUAUCAGCCUGUGCGCUUGCGAGACUAUAAGCGACUAUCCCAACAAGCAUUUCAUCACUCCGUCAGCUCUUUCGAACUUAUCCCCUCAGAACCUCCACAGAUCACUAGCCGUGGCCUCCGCCUUACACUUCCAGUAAAGAGGGAGGACGAUGCUUCUCUCCCUGCUCUGGCUUGGAUAUAUUGUGAGUUGGACGACCGGCUAUUAUGUCUCGCACUGCAUCCGUCCUCUGGGGAAUCUUCUGCUCAAGAAGCACGCUACAAUUCUUCUUGGUUGGUGGGCGUUGACAAGUCCAUUCUACGCGAGUUUCGACUCGAGAAGAUAUUUUGUCACCCAGCUGGGCAGGUCGGCGUCGAUAGCCAGGGACUUCAAUCAUAUGUAGUCCCGCCAUCGCACGAUUCUCCAGCGCGGUUGAGAAUUGUGCUACAGAGCACCGCUAUUGAGGUGAUUGAUUGCUGGCCUCCUAAGCUUUUGGGCAAGGAUGAAAUAUUCCUAUACAAUUCUGAGAACAGGGUUGGGAUCGUUGAUUGUAAAUGCGUACUCAAUGAUUAUUCGAGCGACUUUUACGUGUGCUUUGGUAUCUUAGAAGGCAAACCUUGGUGCACAAUUAUCUCGGAAUCAAGACACGAACCAGAAGUGAAAAGGGACAGCGUCAUCGGCGUUGGCGCGAAGUACUCGAUGGAAUAUAUUUCUAAGCUGUCUGCAUUUUCGGAUCGCACCUCGAUGUUGUCAAGUCAAAUACCCAACAUGGUCUUCACCACCUCAAUACGGAAGGAUGUGGCAGUUGUAGGACCUCAUGCCGGUUUUAUUUUGGAGAUCGGUCUUCUGGAUUGGUUGCAACGCUCAUUAUGGGCCGAUCUGUCGCUUUCACAGGCGGUAUUAUUACCUGCCCUCCCACAGCAGUCGAUGACUCCUGUGGCAUCACCAAAGGCCAGAGCAGCAAAGAUCCAAAGUCCACGGAAGCGGAACAUGAUGGUAGAGUGGCAUAGGAUCUUGAAAACCCCUGGGAAUGGGCAGGAAGCUGUUAAUAUCUUUGAGCAGAUUCGCCAACAAGCGAGGUCUCAAUCGGAACGACAUAGUGGUUGA